AUGCUUACACCUCACGGUUCGCUGGAUAUUUCAAAAAAAAGUAUUCUUUCUCUUUACCGUCUCAUCUUGAGAGAAGGAAAUCAAUUCCCGAACAAAAUUCAAAGAACAUUUGUUAAACAAAAAGCUGCUCAAAUGUUCCGAAUCAAAUACGAACAUGAUGAUGAAUUAAGAGAUGCUGUGAGGCUCGCAAUGACCCAUAUUGAUAAUAUUCGAGCACAAGUUGCUUCGCACAAAUUAAUGUAUGUGGAUGAUAGGUUGACACAAGAGGACUUUCAAAGACUGAAGAAAGAACAAGAAGAAAAGAAGACUGCUCAAUAUCGUAUCGAUGAAGCCUCAAAGUGGGAUCAAUAG